UGCCUACGGCCACCAUGUACCCGAUUCCAAACGUUUCAGGCCAAGCCGGAGUGAACCAGUUGGGGGGAGUGUUUGUUAAUGGACGCCCAUUACCGGAUUACAUUCGACGAAGGAUCGUCGAAUUGGCAAUGAUGGGCGUGAGGCCUUGCGACAUCUCCCGACAAUUGCUCGUGUCCCAUGGAUGCGUGUCCAAGAUCUUGACUCGAUUCUAUGAGACUGGCUCGGUCAAACCCGGAUCCAUCGGAGGUACCAAACCCAAGCAAGUGGCGACCCCUUCGGUGGUGAAACGCAUCCUGAGGAUCAAAACCGAGAAUCCGGCUCUAUUCGCCUGGGAGAUCCGGGAACAACUCUUGGCCCAACGAGUUUGUGAUCCCAACAACAUUCCAUCUGUUUCGUCUAUCAAUCGGAUUCUCAGAAAUGCUGGUCACCCCCCAGAUCCACCCGAGGCCACGCCCAAUCCAGCCAGCCAAAGCGUACCAAAGACUGCAGCCACCUCGGAAACUACCACCAGUUCUUCGAACACGUCAUCCUUCUUGGCAGCAAGUUCCGGUAACAACCAGUCUCAAAUUCUUCAACUUCAUCAUCAUCAGCAACAACAACAACAACAGCAACAGCAACACCACCAUCAUGUUGCCCGCAACUCUCGUCUAGGAAAUGGCCAAAGUGUGCCAAUUUCGGCCACCAUUCCUCCUCAGGUUUCCAUCCCUUCCGAACCAAUGACCCCAUUCAGCCCCGCCCCUCUUUGGGCCUCCUCCGUGGGAAUGGGCAUUCCUCGAUUUCCCGUGAAUCCCACAACCUACGCAUCACUUUGGCCCCACUAUCGAAUCGCAGCGGCUGCAGCCGCAGCCAUGGACCAAAGUGGCCGACAGGCCCCCAAAUUCAACGCAAACCCGGUGCCAAGUACCUCGACGACGAGCACCCAUUUGUCUGCAUUCAUGCCAUUUGACGCCGGAGCUUCAAGUUCAGCCUCGAUAAGUGUCCCGGACAACAUCGGGCCAUCGAUGCCGUUUUUUCAAGCGGCAGCAGCGGCUGCCUACGCACCAUACCAAUUGGCCGCCGCGGCAGCCAUGGCCUCCUCUCAAAUGGCAGAAUUGCAAAGGAAUUUCCAACUCCAAAGACAGCAAUCGUCAGUCCAGGAUGAGGCAUCGGAUCAACCCUCGUCUACGACGCAAGAGCCUCAGAGCUCGCAAGCAGUACAAUCUCCCGAUAAGUCCAGCCCAAAUGUCAGAGGAAAGAAAACGUUCAGGAGGAACCCGUAUUCAAUAGAGGCUAUCCUCAAAGGCAAGGAUACAGAUGCUGAAGACGAAGAGGAGGAAGAGGAAGGCGACGGGGGAGAGGACGACGAUGACGAUGAUGAUGAUGGUGAUCAAAAUGAGGACGAUGGCAGAGAGAAUCGAAAGCGCGGCUUUGGGGUUAACCCACUCGCCAAGAAACGACUGCAAGUGAGCGACGAGUCCAAAGCAGAACGAGAAUUAGUAACCAAGCGAAAGUUAUCCCUUGAAGAAGGUCAACCCAACUACGCGGGAAGUGGAAGCGACGGGAGCCAAGAGGAUCUUGGUCGGAACGUGGAGACGGACGUGGCUUUUCCUAAAAGGGUCAAAAAGUCAAGAUUGGAUUGCACCUCAGAGACGAUUCGCGAGCUCACUCAUAUUCCCGAAUCGAGGGCCGAGGAUUAUCAUCCAGACAAUAACUGACAGAGGGGAACGACUGGAAAGAAAAUUCAUCUCCUCGAGAUUUUGGCCUUAGAAGCCCUCCUGUGCUAUGGUUUUGCUCUUUCAAUGUUACUUGUACUUCCUAGUCAAUGAAUAACCAUAUGUACAUUUCUAGUCAAGA